UUUCUUUCUCUUCCCAAAACCCCUUUCUGGCGGUUUAGGGUUUUAGUGAAUGUAUUUCUAGGGUUUCAACACCUUGAUUUUUGCAACUUAUCCAAGCUGGAAAAAGUUACCUUCUUCUUUUUUUUCUCCUGUUCUGAUCCUGGGGCGUUUUUUUUUAGGGGUUUGGGCUUUUUUUGAAGUUUGAGUUUUUUAAGGUUUUUCUAGGGUUUUUGAUGAUCAGUUUGUUUUUUGUGUUUCUAGGGUUUUGAUGUGAAGUGGGAGUUGUUUUGAAGUCGCCAUUGUCUCUCCAGGUGAGUGGGAAGACAGAGCUGGGCAUAUCAUUCAUGUUUCUGAGCAUCCUCUCUUUUUGCAUUUCAUCAGCAACAGAACCUGUGAAAGACUGGACGAAGCAUCGAAGAAGGGCACGUGUUGGUCUGUUCUAAGACACACGGGAAUGGUGCAGUGGGGGGCUUGUCGAAGAGUUUUCAUCACUCAGCAUGGAGAGAACAACUCUCAACUCUCAUCUAACACUGUUGAAAAAGAUGGAGAUGAAGAAGCCAUGGUAGCUGACUCCCAUUUGAUAAAAGACAGCCAGAAGAGCAAGCGCCUUUGCUCUGUUCCUCGUCAAGAGCCAAAUGCAGUAAGAUCUGAGAAGCUCUGGGAUUCUUGUCACCGGGUUUUCAUUAAUCAGCAAGGAGAGAACAACCAACAACCUCCAUCUAGCAUUGUUAAGGAGGAUGAUGAUUCAGACAGAGAUGAUGAAACAAUAACAGCUGAACCCCUUGUGCCAGAGGAAAGGCAGAAGAGAAAGCGUACUUGCCCUAUCCAAUUUCAAGAAAUGGACACAGCAAGAUAUCAGAAGCAAAGGCAAAGUCGUCAUUGCAAUAACAAUAAAAAGAACAAGGUCAAGAGUUCCAUAAACAGAUGGUCUGAAGAUAGGUAUAAGCUGGCAGAGGAAAGCAUGCUAGAGAUCUUGAAGGCUGAAGGGGCAGUAUUUGGCAAUGCGAUUACCCGACCAGCACUGAGAUCGGCAGCUCGUAAGCGCAUUGGCGACACUGGGCUACUAGACCAUCUACUUAAGCACAUUGAUGGCAAGGUAGCACCAGGUGGUGCUGAGCGAUUCAGACGGUGGCACAACACAAAUGGAGUGAUGGAAUAUUGGUUGGAGGGUGCUGACAUGGUUGAUAUUCGGCGUGAGGCUGGGGUGCAAGAUCCUUUCUGGGUCCCCACAACUUCAUCUGAGCCGGGUGACCUCUCUCAUGAUCCCAUUAUAGCUCAAGAGUUGAAGCUGCUUAAGGCAGAAAUGGCCAAAAUGAAGAAAGAUGUGCAGAAUCUGGUAUCCAAGAAGAGAGAGGAAGUUCAACCUUCAACCACUAAUCAAAGGCCAAAACUCAACAGUUCCUUGCUUCAGCUACAGGAAACACGGAAGGAACUAGAGAAUUGGAAAGCUAAGACUGAGAAACAGCUGACAGAGAUUUCAAAUUCUUUGAACAGUAUGCAGGAAAUGCAUGAAGAAUUGGUGGAAUGGAAAGCUAAAAUUGAGCAGCAAUUGACAGAGACUUCAAAUUCGUUGAGUGUUGUGCAGGUAUCAAAUCAGUGUGCUACCUUCAGUCCCUCAGCUUCGGGGGAAUGGGAAAAUUGGUUUGGGAGCAAUGAGCUGGGCAAUAUUCCAGUAGAUUUUCCUAAUUGGCUGGAGAAUGGUGACCUAGUUGAUAUGGUACCAGAGGAGAUAGUACCAGAUCCUUACAAAGCCCCACCAUCCGAGGAGAAGCCUAGUAAUAUCCUUGUUAAAAUCGAACCCAAGACCACUGGACAAGACCCCUGCCAAGCCUCACCACCUGGGAAGAAGCUGCCCAGUGACAACCUAGUUGAUAUUGAGCGAGAGGCAACAGUGCAACAACUUUACCUAGCCCCACCUCCUGUGGAGAAGCCUCAUGAUGCCCGAUUUAAUAUUGAGCCAAAGGCACUGGGCCUAGAUCUUUACCAAGGCCCAUCAACCUGGAAGAGACCUAGUAAUAACCCAUCUAUUGACCCCUCUUGCACUAGAGAGCUGGAGCUGCUGAAGGAAGAACUGGCUGCAGUCAAGAGAGAUGUGCAAGAUCUAGAACCCAACAAGCCAGAGGAAGAUAGUGUUGAUUCGACUCCCAAUUCAUCUUCCUGUACUGAUUUGGACCUUGAUAAUUCAUUGCUGCUGAUGCAGGAAAUGCAGAAGGAAUUGGUAAAAUGGAAAGCUAAGAUUGAGCAGCAACUGGCAGGGAUUUCGGUUACUUUGAAUGGUAUGCAUUCAAAGUUGGUGCCAAAGGUUGAAACCGUAGAAUAGGAUAGAAUAGGAUAUCAGUCAUUGCAAAAAGAAAGGCUAGGAUGUUAACAUGAUUGCCAAGGUAUUUUUAGGGCAGGUAGGAUCGAAGUUUUGUACAUGGCCAUCCAAUUUAUCACCAGCUAUAAGUUUAUAUAUAUAUGAGCAGCUAAUAUAUAUAUAUACAGAGAUAUUGCUUAGCA